GCAGACUUUCCUCGACAAGUCAAAAGAAGGUGGAUAGCUACGGACGUGAUUGGCUAACGCGACAUUGACGUCCGUUUCUGGGUGUGGAAAUUCUCAACAUCAACAAAAAGAGAAAAGAAAUGAGAAACUAGAGAUUACAAGGAACAAACAAUAGUUUGGGACGUGAGAAUAUAUCGAUGUAACUAACAUAACAGUGGAAGGAUUUCAGAUUUCUGUAACAAUACAGUCUAAAAGAUGGAAGCCGUUAAACUUAUGAGGGAGCUGAAAACCAAUUUUGAACGGGAGAUGAAUUAUCUUCCGAAAGAAACGGGACUCCACUUGAUCGAAUCAGCCAGAGAGAAUGCCAGCCAAGGAAUCUCAGCUAAAUGUAGGGACGUCAAAGUGGAAGACCUCUGGAGCCUGACCAGUUUCUUUGGGUACAGCACCCAGACCUUCGUUCUGGCAGUCAACCUGCUAGAUAGAUUUUUGGCCAUGAUGAAGGUCCAACCCAAACAUUUAGCCUGUAUUAGCAUCAGCUGCCUCCACAUCGCAGCCAAAGCAGUCGAAGAGGAUUGUAACUUGUCUUCCACCAAUGAACUUAUUCGUAUCAGCCAGUGCAAGUUUACGGUCUCGGACCUCACUCGCAUGGAGAAGAUCAUUUCCGAGAAACUCAACUUCCAACUCGAAGCCAUCACAGCCUUAACCUUUUUGCACCUAUACCAUAGAAUCACACGCUCACACACCUCAGACAGGAAGGAGGCCCUGAACCUCGACACACUAGAGGCCCACCUCAAAGCCUGCCUCUGCCGCAUCACAUUCUCCAAAGCUAAACCGUCCGUCUUGGCCCUGUCCCUCCUCACUCAAGAGAUUGAAGCCAUGCAGUCUGUUGACAUGCUAGAAAUAGCACAUAGUGUUCAGCGACAUCUCAAGAUCACCGACACUGAGCUGCUACACUGGAGGGGGCUAGUGGCCAAGUGUCUGUCUGACUACUCUUCACCUGAAUGUAGCCGACCCAACAAUAAGAAGCUUGUCUGGAUCGUGUCGAGAAGGACAGCUCAGAACCUACACACCAGCUACUGCAACGUCCCUGAACUGCCGACCAUUCCUGAGGACUGCUGGGACCAAAGCGAGGACUCGUGUGAAGACAUGAGUUCUGGGGAGGAGAGCCUGAGCAGUUCCCUGGGUUCUGAUGCAGAGGGACCUUACUUUCCUCUUUACUUCCGUUGCCAGAGCAACCGCCGAAACAAAUACCACCAUCCCAACCCCCUGUGAAGGAGCCACAGUGCCUGGGUUCCACAACCACCGUUUUAUACUGUAGGGUCAUGUUCAUUAGUGAAAACGUUUCGUAGCGUUAAGACACGUUUAGGAAGUCACGUUUAACAUGUGACAGCCCAUUUUUGGUUCCUGGUGAAUAUAACCCAGGAAAAAAAAAAAAUGAAAAAAAACUUUCCUAUAUAACAUAUUUCAUUUUGUUAGUUCAAAAGGGCUACCAGUGUGUGGCCUGUUACAAACCAAUCAAUAUACUGUAUCUAUCUUAUUCUAAGCUAAACAAAAAUACAUUUAUGGGGAAACUUUAAUCCUGACGGGCAGCGGAAUCCACCAACUCAAAGAUAAAAACGUUUUAAACUCUUUUGUUGUUGUCGUAGAUGUAGCUUUAAAAAGUGUUGUUGGUGCAUGUUUGGAAUUGUAACAUUCCAGCCACAAAUCAGACAAGUCUACAUCCCAAAUUAGUAUCCUAUCCAGUGCACUACUUUUGACCAGAGCCGAAUGAGCCCUGGGCCAAAAAGUAGUGCGCUAUAGAGAAUAUCGCGUAGCAUUUAGGAUGCAC